AAGCAAUGUCAUUUCAUUAUUUUCUUGCAGCUCAUCCUUAGGACCUCAGAAUAUCCCUCUUCAAACCUAAGGAAGAAAACUUUUAAAGUCAGUGGACCAAUAAACGGUUCCUGUUUUCCACAUGUCUCAGAGGGUGGAGCUGCCAGACCACUCGAAGAAGAAGGAAGUGAAAAGCUGCUAAAUACCAGGGCCAGCUCACCCUGGCCAGCCUGGAGGUCUGGCUUCUCAGUCAGCAUGAAGGCUGUCCUUAUUCUGGGGCUUCUUCUCCUUUCUGUCGCUGUCCAGGGCAAGAUCUUUGAGAGGUGUGAGCUUGCCAGAACUCUGAAAAGACUUGGAUUGGAUGGCUAUCACGGAAUCAGCCUGGCAAACUGGAUGUGUUUGGCCAAAUGGGAAAGCAGUUAUAAUACACGAGCUACAAACUACAAUCCUGGAAACCGAAGCACUGAUUAUGGGAUAUUUCAAAUCAAUAGCCUCUACUGGUGUAAUGAUGGCAAAACCCCAGGAGCAGUUAACGCCUGUAACAUACCCUGCAGAGAGUUGCUGAAAGAUGACAUCACUGAAGCUGUAAAAUGUGCAAAGAGGGUUGUCCAGGAUCCACAAGGCAUUAGAGCAUGGGUGGCAUGGAAAAGUCACUGUCAAAACCGAGAUCUCAGGAGUUAUGUUCAGGGUUGUGGAGUGUAACUGUGGAGUUUUCUUUCUUCAGCUCUUUGUCUCUUUUUCACAUUAAGGAAGUAAUAGUUGAGCGAAAGGUCAUACUACCAUUCUUUCAAACAAAUAAUGUUUUUACAGAAGCAGGAGCAUAUGGUCUCUCUUCUAAGAGGCUUAAUGUUUACCUCAUGUGUUUAUUGUUUUAUAUUAGGCCUACAAUAUUUUUCGGUUUGCUAAUAGAACAAAUGCUGAUGAAUAUUUUUCUAAAAUCUUAAUUAUCAAAUAUAUGUCCAGUACAUUCAGUUCUUAAUCAAAGAAAUAACCCAGACUUAAUCUUGAAUGAUAUAAGUACUCCCCAAUAUGCAAUAAAAAUAUAACCAAAGAAUAUGUUUAAACAAAUUGAUCUUAGGCAAAAUCCCACUUGUGUAGGCAUGUGACACCUUCAUCUGUUCUGUCAUUUCCAAAAACAGUAAAAGAUAACCACUCUUUGUUGGGCAAUAUAAAAUUUUAAAAAGAGCAGAAUGUCAAGUGGCUAAAAAUGAAAACAGCCUGAAUUAAGAAUUUUGUUUCCAUAAAGUGUGACCUUUGAUUUAAAUGUUUUCUUAGAAAUGUUGCAUUUACACAGCUUUAAAAAUAAACUCACAAUUCAUACAUCAAUCUAUCUUAUCCCUUUUAAAGAACUCAUUUAUGCAUCUUGCUGGUCUUGAAGGAAUAUAAAGAGGGAUUAGAUGACCUGUUGCUUUUCCUUAAUUUUAUUAAAUUAGAUUCAUGCAUUAUGACAAAUUUAGAGGCAGAUGAGUUUUUAAGUAUUGUAAUAAUUGCUAAUUAACGACAGGUGUGAAAUUCUGCAUGCUGUAAAAAAUACAAACAUUUUCAUUAAAAGCUUUGCAAUUCAUACCUUGUCUCUUUGUUUAGAGCCGUUUAGUAUCGCUGAAGAAAUACAUAUGUAUAUAUUUGGAA